UUUCAAAUUAAUUUUAUUAGUCGUAAACCAACCAUCGUUAUAGCUGACACACAAAUGGAAUCGCUUGAAGUGAAGGAUAUAAGUGGAACCACCCACACAAAGGUGGAACGAAAGGAAAUUUUGUACAGCGGAUACUUCUACGAUGUCACUGAAUUCAUUAAAAAACAUCCCGGAGGAAGAAUCAUUACGUAUUAUACUCAAACAGGUGAAGACAGUACAGUUGCAGUACAGCAAUUUCACAGCAGAUCCAUGAAACGAGUCAACAUAAUGAUGAACACUUUAAAGAAACGACCAGCAUCAAGUAGUGAAAUAAUGUCUCUGUUUCCAGUUGGAUUGAAUGCAGAACAGAUAGAAAAAGGUCGCGUUCUCACGGAAGAUUUCACAAAGCUGUAUCUGGAAUUGAAAAGCGAAGGGCUAUUCGAACCGUCUUAUACGCACAUUUUUCUACGAAUCGUGGAUGUGCUUGUUAUGGCACUGGUUGGAUAUUCAUUGCUUUGGUCGUCAAUUCAUUCUAUUAAAAUCAUUGGCAUGCUCAUAUUUGGUUUGUCACUCGGCCGAUGUGGAUGGAUCCAGCAUGAGUGUGGCCACAAUUCUAUGAGUGGAAAUCCGAAAAUCGAUCGACUUAUGCAUGUGAUUUUCAUGGGUAUAGGAAUGGGACUAUCUUCUACGUGGUGGGCACGACAACAUAAUCGGCAUCAUGCAAUGCCUCAACGGUUAAACUAUGACGUCGACUUGAAUACUAUGCCAGUUAUAGCUUACAGUGCUAAUGUUGUGAAAAAUUCCAAAGAUGGCAAGGGAUUUAUGAUUCAAAAUCAGGCUUACAUGUUCAUGGUGAUUGACACACUACUCAUAGGAUGGCUGUGGAAGCUGUAUCUUCAUCCGAAAUUCGUCUACCAACGCAAAUACUACCUGCAAAUAGGCGCAAUGAUUUUUCACUGGCUACUGCUCUACCACAUCGGUUUCUGGCCUGCAAUUAUCGUUUCGUAUAUCAAGGACACUUAUUUGCUGGUGAACUUUACGUUGAAUCACACUUUCUUGCCGACAACAAGCGAACCAUUACAUUGGGUUGAAUUUGCUCUCCUUCACACAGCCGAUGUAGAGCAGACUACGUGGUGUGACUAUUGGAUGGGAUAUCUGAAUUAUCAAAUCGAGCACCAUUUGUUUCCAACAAUGCCACAAUUUCGACAUCCGUUGAUCAAAGAUCGAGUUAGGGCUUUGGCUGAAAAGCACAACAUUCCGUAUAUCGUUCACUCAUAUGCAGGAGCGUUGCGGAAAGUGUUUCAAAAUCUGCACGACGUUUCAAAGGAAUUGAAAUAUUUGUAAAUUGACGAGAAAUGAAAUGUUUUCUACCGAAUUUGUGUACAAAGUCAUGUCGGAUAAAUAUAUUACCAAGCAGUGAGAUAUCAUUGCAUAGAUGAGAUAAG